UAUGUUAUUUUUUUCAGUUUUUGGACGGACUCGAAUUUUUCAAGUUGUUGCAACUUGCGGAGUUGCUUAAAAACUUUUGUUGGCUACAUUCGGCUGUCGCGCGUGCUGAGUGAACGUGUGUGAAUGAUAGCGCUCACUGCAUUAUUAACCAAAUACACGAUCGGUAUUAUGAGCAAUUUAAGCAAUGGCAAUUUGCAGCAGAAUCAACAACAGCAACAACAACAACAACAACAGCAACAACAACAGCAGCAGCAACAGAACAACGUUGAAGCGGGCGCGGGUGCGGCUGCGGCGCCCCUAUUGAUGGAGCCUGGCGCAAUGCCCGCCCCUGGCCUAGGCGUUGCGGUGGGCGUGGCGCAACGCCAGCGCCUGCUGCUGCAGCAGCAGCAACAGCAGAAUCCCGCCGCCGAGGGCAGCGGCCUGGACCGCGGCAGCUGCCUGCUGCGCUACGCUAGCCAAAACAGCCUCGACGAGAGCUCCCAGAAGCACAUCCAGCGGCCCAACGGCAAGGAGCGCGGCACCGUCGGCCAGUACAACAACGAGCAGCACACGGCGCGCUCCUUCGAUGCGAUGAACGAGAUGCGCAAACAAAAACAGCUUUGUGAUGUCAUUCUGGUCGCGGACGAUGUGGAAAUCCCAGCGCAUCGCAUGGUCCUGGCCUCCUGCAGCCCCUACUUCUAUGCAAUGUUCACCAGCUUUGAGGAAUCGCGCAAAACGCGCAUCACGCUGCAAAGUGUCGAUGCCCGUGCUCUGGAGCUGCUCAUCGAUUAUGUGUACACAUCGAAUGUGGAGGUGAACGAGGACAAUGUUCAGGUGCUGCUGACGGCGGCCAAUCUCCUGCAGCUGACGGAUGUGCGCGAUGCCUGCUGCGAUUUCCUGCAAACCCAAUUGGAUGCCAGCAAUUGUCUGGGGAUACGCGAAUUUGCCGAUCUGCAUGGUUGCGUUGAGCUGCUCAACUAUGCGGAGACUUAUAUUGAACAACAUUUCAACGAGGUCAUUCAGUUUGACGAGUUUCUGAAUCUCACACACGAACAGGUCAUCAAUUUGAUAUCCAACGAUCGCAUCUCGGUGCCAAAUGAGGAGCGCGUCUAUGAAUGCGUCAUCGGCUGGCUGCGCUACGAUGUGCCCAUGCGGGAGCAGUUCACUUCGGCCCUCAUGGAGCAUGUGCGUCUGCCGUUCCUCUCCAAGGAGUACAUAACACAGCGCGUGGACAAGGAGAUUCUGCUCGAGGGCAACAUUGACUGCAAGAAUCUGAUUAUUGAGGCCCUGACCUAUCAUCUGCUGCCCACGGAAACAAAGUCGGCGCGCACCAGGCCCCGCAAGCCGGUGGGCAUGCCCAAGAUUCUAUUGGUUAUUGGCGGCCAGGCGCCCAAGGCCAUACGCUCCGUGGAGUGGUAUGAUCUGCGUGAGGAGAAAUGGUAUCAGGCCGCCGAGAUGCCGAAUCGCCGUUGCCGCAGCGGCCUGUCUGUGCUCGGCGACAAGGUCUAUGCCGUGGGCGGCUUCAAUGGUUCGCUGCGCGUGCGCACUGUGGAUGUUUAUGAUCCGGCUACCGAUCAAUGGGCCAACUGCAGCAAUAUGGAGGCGCGUCGCUCCACGCUGGGCGUGGCUGUGCUCAAUGGCUGCAUCUAUGCUGUGGGCGGCUUUGAUGGCACCACCGGCCUGUCCAGCGCCGAGAUGUACGAUCCAAAGACUGAAAUCUGGCGUUUUAUUGCCUCCAUGUCGACGCGACGCAGCUCUGUGGGCGUGGGCGUGGUUAAUGGACUGCUCUACGCUGUUGGCGGCUACGAUGGCUUCUCCCGGCAAUGCCUCGCCUCCGUGGAACGCUAUAAUCCCGAUACGGACACCUGGUGUGCCGUUGCCGAGAUGUGUUCACGUCGCAGCGGCGCCGGAGUCGGCGUUCUCAAUAAUAUUCUAUACGCUGUCGGUGGUCACGACGGGCCGAUGGUGCGCAAAUCUGUGGAGGCCUACGAUCAUGAGACAAACACCUGGCGUUCCGUCGCGGACAUGUCCUAUUGUCGUCGCAAUGCGGGCGUCGUCGCGCACGAUGGCCUCUUGUAUGUGGUGGGCGGCGAUGAUGGCACCUCUAAUUUGGCCUCGGUGGAGGUUUAUUGCCCGGACUCGGAUAGCUGGCGCAUAUUGCCCGCACUGAUGACCAUUGGACGCAGCUAUGCGGGCGUCUGUAUGAUCGAUAAGCCCUUGUGA